AUGGACAUGGAUUGGAAAGGCCUAUCCCUCAAUCCCAUGAACAAGAACGCUGUCACGAUACUUGAGAUGUAUCCUGUUCUUAUUGAUUGGAAGGCCUUGUCCACAAACUGCAACGCAAUGCAUCUGCUUGAGAGCAAUCCUGAUAAGAUUGAUUGGGAGGAGUUGCAAGAGAACCCUAGCCAUAGAGCAUUUCAGAUGGUCCUAGAAAGGAACUCAGGGAUGGCCCUUAUCUGGUCGAUAAAUUCUUCAAUGAACUACGCUCUGAUGAAUUUGAAACAAGGCCAUCCUAAGCUGGUUGAUCUAUAUGAAUACCUUUAUAGAUUGGCGCGGCGUGUUGCUAAAGAGAUGAAAAGAUGCCCUGGCGCAAGAUAUGCAGCAAUCCUGGGUGCCUGGUGA